AUGGCCCCCUCGGCCGUAGCGAUCCUUUCUAUCGGCGACAUGGGCGUCGGCAUCGCCAAGCUGCUCCUCGCCAAGGGCUUCACGGUCACGACCAACAUUGCCGGCCGCAGCGAGGACACGGCGGCCCGCGCCCGCGCAGCCGGCAUCCAGCUCGUCGCCUCGGACGCCGAGCUCGUCGCCUCCGCCGCCGUCGUCCUCUCCGUCGUGCCGCCGCGCGACGCCCGCGCCACGGCCCAGCGCGUCGUCGAUGCCCUGCUGCUGGUGGCGACGGGCGAGAGGCCUGCCGACGCGCCGCCGCUGUACUACGUGGACCUCAACGCCGUGGCGCCUGCGUCGGCGAGGGCCAUGGCGUCGCUGUUUGACGGCGCGCGCGUGCCGGUGCGCAAGGGGCUGACGGCGCUGGCGGUCGAGUCGUUCACGACGGCGCACGCGCUGGGCGUGCUGCCGCUGCUGCGGGCCGAGCUGCGGGCGCGGCUGCCGCUGCUGGCCGAGCAGGCGGAGCGCGCCGUCGUCGCCGUGCCGCCCAAGGCGUACCGGUGGGUGGCCGAGAUGGAGGAGAUCAGCGAGACGCAUCGCGUCGACGGCGGCUUUGCGGGCGAGGCCCUGUUCCGCGGCGCCGCCGACGUGUAUCGCGUCGUCGCCGACGAGACGGUGCUCGGCGCCGAGCGCAUCGGCAAGCGGCGGCGGGGGACGACGGUCGAGGACCUGGCCGAGGCUGUGGCGGAGGGGCUGGAGAGGAAGAGGAAGAAGCAGGACAAGAUUCGUGACACCCAACGGGUUGUCCAUGCCACGCCAGCUCUCAAUGAGGGCGUCACGCCCAUCGGUCCGGAAAACGCCGGCCCCAGCCCCCUGGCCGAGUACGACGGCUGCGCUGUGUUCGAGGUGCCGAGCAUGGAGGUCUUUGCGGCAGCCUUUGGGGAUGCGUAUUAUCGCGAGACGAUUGCGCCUGACGAGCACAACUUUAUCGACAAGAAGGCAGGUGUCACGCGCAUCCGGGGCGAGGUCAAGCAGAUUCUGUAG